AUGGAUGAUACAGUCUUGUUAUUUAAUGAUACCUCUUUAGAUAAGCUUUAUGGCAAAGCUAAUGAAGGUUUAUCAUUAGUUAAAAAGUAAUUUGAAUAUAACUUUUUGCAAUUAAACAUUGAAAGAUUCUGCUAUUUAAAUUUCAGUAUUAACACUUAAAUUUUGGAUGAUACAAAGUAUAUUGUAUAAUGUAUAAUAUAAUAUAAUGUUGUUUUAAAUAAUAGUGUAUCUUCAAAUCUAAAAAGUGGUCAAAAAUGUAUUUUAAAAAAGUCAGUUCUUAGGAGUUUAUAUUGAUUAUCAACUCAAAUGGAACAUAGAUAUUAAUCAUAUAAACAAUGUUACUCAAAAAUUAAUUUAUAUUUUUAGUGUUCUAAGGAAUAUUUUAUCACCUAAAUUGAUAAUCAUAACAUUCACUUGGUUCAGUCUGUAUUUAUUUAUGAUCUACCUUUUUGUGGAGACUCUUACAAUAUACAUGCUAAUAAAUUAAAUACCCCAUUAAAUUUCACUUUUUUCUAGCUAAGACUAUACCCUAGCAAUAGCAUAUUAAAUAUUAAUAAUUUUUUUUUGUGCAGAAAAUUGUUUAUUUUUUAAAUAUUUUUAAUCUAAAAAUAUCAUGAAAUCAAUAAUCUACAUUAACAAGUAGUGUAAAAAUUAUUAUUUAGUAAUCUAUGGGUUAAUUUAGUGGUGACCAACUAUGGCCCACGAUCAUUUAUUAAUCAACCUAUCAAAGUAUUAAAUCAAAAUUGGAAAAUAAAAAGAACUUUAAAUUUCAAAAAUUAACAUUCAUGUUUAAAAAAAAUAUUUUUAUAUUUUAUAUUUUUGUCUUUUUUAUAACAAUCGAUAGGUACAUAAUAAAUAAUUAAAGAUAUUACUGUAUGUAUAAUAACAUGUACCUACAAUAAAAUAAAAUAUAUUUUUUAACUUAAAAGUAAGUUUUAAUUCUUGGCCUAACAGAAUUAUUAAUUUUUAUUAUGACACUCUGUAAAAAAAGGUUGGCCACCACUGGUUUAGUUAAAAUAGUUUUUUUAUUUUUUGCAAUUAUUUGACCAUAUUUAAUAAAAAACUAAACAAAUAUUAGAAUUUACUUAACAGAUUACAUAAUGUAGAGAAUAAGUGUAAAUUUAAAUUCACUUAGCAAUCAAAUAAAUAAAGCCAUAACUCAUAAAGUACAAAGAAUAUGUUAUGUUCUAGCCAAAACUCAUUAACCCUUAAGUAGUUGUGUGGGGGUCUAAAUGAUCCUAAAAAAUGACACAAAAAUAAUUUAAUAAUAAUAUAAUAUAGUUUUGUAUUUAUUUGUAUUUAAUUUUUUUACUAUUAAAUUUGUAUCUAUAUUUAUAAAUUAUAUGGUAACCCAUUGUGACUUUGAAUUUAAAAAAUCUAACUUUCUUUAUAUAUUUUUACACAUUUUUACAAAUGAGAUCUGACAGACCUCACUAUGAACGUUAUAAAAAGGCACAACACAAAAAAUUUAUUGUUCAGAAUAUGACUUCAUAGUUUUUAAAAAUUAUCAAUUAUUUACUAAACAACAUUAUAGAAUAUAAUUAUUGGACCCAUAAUGAAUUAUUGUGUUUAACGAAUUGUAUUUUAUUUUAUACCAAUACUCAAUAAACCAAUGAAGAGAUUUAGGUUUAUUGGUUUCUUCUAUUAACCUAUAGUUAAAAUAUGAAGUUAUUAAGAACAAGCUAUUUAUAGUGGGUAAUUUACUUUGGAAGCCUCUUGUCAAUCAAAAAAAAGUUAUUUAUUCAUAUAUUUAUUAUUCUAGGUAGUGCUACAAAAAAAACUGGCCAAAUCACCAUUAAUUAAUUUUAGCAAGAAGUCGACAAUAUAUUACUAUUAAUUAUUAUUGUAUCUCUAGUUAUUGAUUAUAAAUUUAGUACUAACAUUCAUGCCUUCAACUUUUUAGAUUAUAUUUACCUAAUAACUACUAUAACAUAUCUAAUUACAAAUUAUAAUAAUUGAGUCAAUUAACUUUACUUAAAUUAACAAAAUUUUCAGUAAAAUACAAAUAUUUUCAAAUAUGAUAUGUUCAUUUUUGAAUUUGAAAAAUUACAUCAAUACAUUCACAGCUAUUUAAAAUGAUUGAUGUACUAAAAUAAAAUUUCAACUUAUAAUUAUUUAAGUUAAUUAACUUACAUUUUUUAAUAUUGAUGUUAGUGAUAUUUUUACUUAGUUUAAUAGUAAUUCACUUGCACUAAACUAAUUUAUGACUGGACCAUAACAGUUUAUUUAAUGAUUCAAUAAAAUGUUUCCAGUAUAUAUAAAUGUUUUAUAUUUGAUUUUCUGAUAGUUCACUUUACAGGUAUAAAAUAGGUGGUAUGCCAUGAUUGAUGAAACAAAAUAUUAUGACUGAUGCAAGCUGUUUCAACAAUAAUGUAUUUGUAAAUCACCAUCAUAACUGGAAUGUAUGUAACAGUACUUAAAACAAUUAAUUAAUUGGACCAAAUUUAUGAAACCACCUAUAAGAUAAAAUAAAAUUUGAUUAUUAUGAAUAAUAUAUGAAAAAAAUAGUAUCUAUACUUAUAAUAUUUAAUAUUAUUAGUAAUAGUAAAUGUAUAAUGAAUUCAUCGAUACUUAUAUUUUGAAGUUAAAUACUCCAAAUAAUAUUCUUCAAUUUUUUUUUCAUUUUUUGUAUACGUACUCCAUGUCACUAUCAAACAUUACUGUAUAAACUAACAGUGUUCAUUAAAAUAGGUUGGAAUAUGAUUCAUUUAAAAAAACUAAACGGUUUCUUAGAUACCUAGUUAUAAAUUAAUAUAGACUUAAAUGCUCAACAUCCUAAACAUUAUUUGACAAACUAUUAAAAAAUUAUAAUUAUGUAGGUACCUAUAUCGGGUAACUACGUAAGAAAUAAUUAUAAUAAUAUUAUAAUAUUACAAAUUCAUAAUCACAUACGUUAUGUGUAGUAUAGGUGUGUGUGGUGUGUCAUAUUGUCUUAUGAUACUAUCAUAAUAAUUACGAUUAUAAUUAAUUAUUCAAAAUUAUUAAGGAUAUUCAUGAUAACAUAUUAUUUGUGUUGUGUUGUUGGAAAAAACUAAUAUAAAAUGGGCAAUCAAUGUAACUUAUUAGUAAGAAAUAAAUUUGAAUUUUAAUAAACUUUAAAAAUUGUUUGAAAAUUAAUGACUUAACCUAUAUGGUAGUUUUAAACACAAACAUUUUAUGUAAAAAUUGAUUUAUAAAAUGGCUGUUUAUAAUUAUAAAUACAAAUUUUAUUAAAAAAUUAAAAUUUGUUUUUUUUAGUUGUAACAAAAUAUAAUUAACUAUAAAAUAUACAAAUUAUAGCGCCGACGUGUCAUAAUAAAUAAAUAAAAAAAAAAGUUAAAACUAUUUAAUAGAAAAAAGGUAUGACAUUUGUCAAAUAGUCCAGUUACACUUAUAUUAAUGAAACAAAUUUAUAUUAAUUGAUUUUCAAAAUCGGUGUUUAUAGUUUUAAGUUUGAAGAAAUACUGAAGUAAAGUCGCCAUAAUGUAUAUAUAUAUAUAUAUAUAAUAUAAACCACAUGCCCUAACAUUUUGAGCGGAGUGAAGAAACUUAUGGUUUUACAAAGAUAUUCAUUUUUUUUUUAUCUGUGCGCAACUUUUUUAACAAUGUUUCUAAAAAUAAAUUUCACUAGGAAGUACUUUAAACGGUUCAUUUUUUGAUUUUCCUGAGAUUUUUCCCCGCAAACGUGAAAAAUCGGGAUAAAACAUGGGAAAAUCGGGAAAAACAUUUGUUGAUUACAGGUAUAUAUUAAAUUGUUUAUAACAGUGGCUGCACCCGUCCCUAUUAUCCUAGGACAUCUUAUUUAUGAAAAUUGUUUUUAAGAAUCUAAUAAUAUUAACUUCCAAAAUUGUAUUAAUGAAAUGAUGAAAAAUACAAUAAGUAAAACUUAUUGAUAUUUAUUAUUAAAUUCCAUUAAAAAACAUUUAAAUUAAAACAAAAUCACGUUCAACUUUAUGUAUUUUUGAUCCUAAUCUAUGUUGUUUUUAUAAUUUUAGAUUUAUAUUUUUUACUUUUACAUUUUGUUUAUCAAUUUAACAUUCGAUUGUAAUAUAUUUAUGUUUCUCGCUUAUUUAUUUUGAUGUGCAAUAGUAGUUUUUGUAAGGAUUUAGAANAAAAUAAUUUAUUUGUUCCAAAAUGCAUACAUAAUUUCUUUACCACUUUUGUUUUACGGAAUGAAUCACUUUUUUAUACUCCUUAAAUUUGUUCUACCACAUGUAACCUUUAAUUAAUUAUUUGUUCCCAAAUGAAAUUUUGUAAUUGUUUUGUUUGUUUACCUGAAUUAUUGAAAGUCUAUUAGGUAAACAUAGUUCUGUUCUGAAUUCCUUUGGUAUCUAUCACAAUAUUUACCAUAUUUGAAAUUUAGAAUUAAAUGUAGAAAUAUAUAAAUAUUUAUAUAGGUAAAUAUUAAAUUAAUAUAUGUGCAGCUACAUAAAUAUUUUUUAAAACAAAUGCCUGAGAUUCACAAUAAUACUUAAUAAAAGGAAAUUGAAUGUGAUUACAUUUUUAAAUACAAUAUAAUGUAUACAAGGUAAUUCAUUUAAAUGGAUAUACUCAUCUCGGAAAGUAUUUUUUUUCACCCCCACUAUCACCGCUGCGUUAGACGGUCAGCCGGUUACACUCGCUACCGUCGUCGCGUUUUCUUCUCUCGUUGGUCACCGCGCGAACCAAAAAUACCGAACUCGUUACUGUCGCGUCUACCAGAAGAUUCAUUUAACUGGGUACACUCAUUAUCUCGAAAAGUAUUAACUUUUUCGAAAUUUUUUCUAGAAUAUUUAAGAAACAAGCGGCUCUACAAUUUUAUAUCUCUAUUAAUUUUUGUCACCCUUAUUUUCGGGGGUAAAACCACUACCUACUUUUGAUUUUCAAAUGGCACCCUAUAUUAAAAAUUCUAUAAAUAGAUUGAGUAUUAGUUAAAAUAAAUUUUAGAGUUGAAAUUUUUGAUUUUCGUCGAUCCGUUGACGAGAUUAUUCAUUUUUAAAUUUGGUUGGAGGAGAGUAGUGGAGUAUCACUAGUGUGGUGGUACGGCGCGCGGCGUGGUAAUAAUGCACCACUACUCCUCCAACCUAAAAGUGGUAUAUCUCGUCAACGGCUUGACAGAAAUUAAAAAUGUCAGCAUCAAAAUUUAUUUUAACUAUUAUUCCAUCUAUUUAUGAAAUUUUUAAAUAAGGUUAAUAGUAGCUAGUGGUUUUAUCCCUGAAAAUAAGAGUGACAAAAAAUAAUAUUUAACAUUAUUUAUAAUUAUUAUAAAUGUAAAAUUGUAGAGCUGCUUGUUUCUUAAAGGUUUUAUAAAAUAAAUUUCGAAAAAGUUAAAACUUUCUGAGAUCGAAUGUACCCACCUAAAUGGAUCAAUGUGCCAAUGGAUCAAUGAUUACCUUGUGUAUUAUUUUGGAAUGAAUCUACUACUGUGAGGUAUUAACUAAAUAAGUUACUUCAUUAUAAAAUCGCCAUGCAUUUUAAAAAUUCAAAUUUAGUACUGACACCUUUUAGAAUAAAUUUCAUAAUUUGGAUGAUUUCCUUUUUAUCACAGAAAAUUAUUCAGGGAAAUUGUAGCCAUGAUUUACUAUUGUUUUCUUUAUAUGAUAUUCUUCUGUUCUCUUUAAUUAAUCCUUGCCAUGUUAUAAUGUUCUGUACGAUAUUUAUGUACUUAUGUAAAAUUAAUUAAAUUUUUUUUUUAGGUUGUCAAUAUCUGAUUUAAGAUCAAAUCAUAAUGUAAUGUAUAAUUUGUGCAAUAAAUAUGAUAAACUUCUUGAAGAAAAGGUAAAUUAUUAUGCCAUUCAUUAUUUAAGUAUAAAAUUAAAUGUAUACAUCAUAAUUGAAAUAUACAAGGUUCUAGCGGAAGCUUCCUCCGCUGCAGGGUCAGUUUGUGACGAACAGCCGUAGACUGCGCACGGACCGAGCAUCCAAAAUCAUUAUCAACUGAACUCCGCCCAGAAUCGUUUUUUCGUAACUAAUGGUUUUUCUUUGCUUACAGGUAUACAUUAAAUUACUUAUAACAAUGGUUGCACCAGUCCCCAUUAUCCUAAGACGUCUUAUUAUUUUUAUUAUAACAUGAUAUUCAAUUUAACCUAACCUAAUCUGGGUAUUAUAAAUAAUUAAACAAUAUGAUCAAAUAAUGACAAUCAUUUAAUUUUGUAUAUUGUAUAAUUUUGUAAUACAAACAUUGAGUAUAUUUUAGUUUAUUCUAUUAUUAACAGUUCAAAUAAACAAAUAUUGCCUCCAAUUCUGAUUUCGUAUUGGCCAAUGAAAGCAUGGCCCUUUACGUUGCCAUUUUAUUUUUUCGUGUAUCAAAAAAUGAUGAAGUGAGGAAUUAUCCGCAAUAACCUUGUAUAUUUCAAUCAUGGUGUGAAUAUAAUUAAUAAUUUAAUGUAGAUCUACUGGGUUUUACAUAGUAUAAAAAUGUAUUUAAAUUAGAGAUUACCAGUAUCAAAAAAAUUUUCCUAUUGAUAUAGUGAAUGUUAUUUUUAAAUUAUUCUCAACUCUAUACUUUAUAAGCAUAUUUUAUAUAAUCCUAAAUAUUUAACGUGCUAAAACAAAAUCAUACUUUUUAUCAGGAGAAAUUGGAUACCAACAAUCGUAAUCAAUUGGAUGAAUGUGAAAACAAAACAAAGUAAAUACUAAAUUUGACACUAUUAAUCUGAUAUUGUUAUUGAAUAUAUAUACUAUAUAAUGAAUGUACUAAUUGUAAUUUUUUUUCCAGGUUUUCAAACAUUAAUUCGGCAAUACAUAAAGGUAAUCUAAUACUAGAUAGUAAGUAUGAAAUUUCUAAUAAUAUGGUUAUAUCAUGUAAUUUUGAAAAUUUGACUCAACAAUUUAUAGAGAGUAUAAAAAAUAGAAAUAUGGAGCCUCUAUCAUUAGGAUUAUCUCUACCAUUAGUAGAUUUAAUGCAUUUUGGAAUAAUAAGAUUUUAAUUAACUUCAUCUGUUGAACCAAAUAAUGAUAAUUUACUUCAUGAAAAUGUACCAUUAUCACUGCACCCCAAACCAAUUUUUGCCUUAGUUAAUAAUACACUUCAAUUAUCUCCAAAUAUAAGUCAAAGAACCAAACUCAGAAUGACUGAAGUAGAAAUACUUCAAACUGAUAUUAGUGAAAGGUUAGAUUGUGAUUCUGAAUUAAGUGCUCCUGAGAUUCGACAUUGUAGAAAAAAUAAACAAAUUGAUCAUUGUCAUACUAAUACUGUAGUUUCAUCCAAAAAAGAUAAACCUUCAAAUUUUAAACAAUUAGAUGAUCAGACUAAUAAGUCUAUUAGAGAUGAUAAAAUACCAAAAACUCCCAAAAGAAAAAAAUGA